GCAUGCAAAUAAUGCAUGUAUACAUUUCGAAAGCCUAGAUCUGAUCCCCAUAAGGUUGAUCUGCUGGAACUUGUCGCUUGAAGGAAAUUUACCCGGUAUGAAGAACACUCAAACAGGGGAAGAAUCUGAGGCCUGAGAAUCCACAAAUCACAUCAGUUUUCUAAGAAACUGGAGCUCCUGUCACUCUGCCCUAGGAACAAAGAUGAAAGCAGGUCUUCAGAGUUUCCUUAGCUGAUGCCUGUUGCUGAAUGCACUUUGGAAGACUGUCGGGGUGAAGGGGAGAGGGAGAAGGCAGAACGAUCUCGGAAGUGCCUGGGCAAUGCAACAGGAGCCAAACCAGAAAAUCUGCACCCGUGUGAUUGGUUUUAUAGAUUCUGCUAAGGUGGUUGGCUUAAUUAUUGAAUCACAGUGCAAAAAUGGUACUGAAGCUCCAAUACACACAGCAUAUAAUAAAUUUAUUGCAAGAAGGAUCAUUGCUAGAAGGGAAAUUAAGUGUACCCUGGCUGAGUACAAUUUAGGCGGUACAUGUUGCAAGAAAUGUGAACGUGGCUUUGUUAAAAAUACUAAGUGCCCAACAAACAUUAGAGAACACUGUGUUCAGUGCAAAUACGGACAGGAGUACAUCGAUCAUACCAACGAUUUGGACAAGUGUCUGAGAUGCGAUUCUUGUGACAAUGUGCUUGGUUUGGAGACUGCAAAGAAAUGUACCCCAAUACAGAACACAGAAUGCACUUGUAUAAAGAACCACUUCUGCAAUUCUUCUGGGUCAUGCACACACUGUGAGCCAUGUACCAUAUGUGAAAAUGGCCUAGUUGAAAAACAAUGUAAUUCAACUUCAGACACCGUAUGCAAAAUGAAAGAAGAAGGAAGCCUAUCAUGGAUCGCUGGAGUUGUUUUGGGAUUUGUACUGUUAAUGCUAGCUGGAGGAAUAUUCUGGUAUAAGAGAAAAUCUAAGGAUCUUCCUAGCAAACAGUCCCCGGGUGAAGCAGUCCCCAAACCAGGAGUUCCUUCUGAGAUGGUACCUCUCAUAUAUGCAGAUAUUGACCUGAGCGCCCAUAUUCCUGGUAUUGUGGGGGAGAUGACACUCCAAGAUGUCAAGACAUUCGUUCGUAAUCACAAAGUACCAGAACCCGUCAUAGAUCAAAUUCUUCGGGAUAAUUUUAGUGAUACAUCUGAACAGAAGAUUAAGCUGUUUCAAGUCUGGUAUCAAAGACAUGGGAUAAAAGGAGCUUAUGGAACCCUAAUCAACAGCCUGAGAGAGCUUAAAAUGCGUACUGCAGCUGAUAAAAUUGAGGAAAAACUGAAGGCAGCUGUUCCCAACAGCCAGGAAGGUGGACAAUCUUACAAUGAUCACAUUGAGCAAAGCACAACCUGCACUCUGGAAGGUGAAAACUCUUAUGUUGAUAAUGCUGAGCUAAGUAAAACCUAUUCUGACAGUUUGGAAGAGACAUAGCAUAGCAUCAUUUGAAAAUUAUUUCUAAUUCAUUUUGUAUUUUUGUAAUAAUAUAAACCAUGAAGCUUUUAAUUGUCAUCUUCUUUGGCAGCUCACUAAGAUCCAAGGAGUUUAUAAUGUGAACAAGGAACAGUUAUGAUUUUUUGAGAUGCAUCUUUCCUUUUUUAAAACGAAAAGUUAUAACCAUCUAUUUAGGUUAUUAAGAACUGUGAGGAAAAGUUUUAGAGCUCAUUUACUAAAAGUUACAAUAUAAGAGUUCAGCUAUUAGACUCAGUACCGAAAGAAAGAAGUCGAUCAUUACUUGAAGAAAAGGUUUAGUUCAAAUGUGUGGUCCUGCAUACUGUAUCACUAUAAUGUUUUGCUUAUAUUAAAAUUGCAGGAUGUAGCUUUUCCCUCUUACUGAAUUUUUCAAAGAGAAAGUUCUGGUUUUAAAAGUCUAUGAAGUGUACCAGGAAAAAGCUUGAACAAAAAAAUCUGUUCUUUUACAUACUACACCCCUCAUUAUUUCUGAAUAUAGGUAUUAAUCUAUAAUGAAAUUCUAUUCUUUUGUAAGCAGGACUUUUCACUUGUAUAAAAGUACAGCUUUGAGUGUGUGUGUGUGUGUAGGUGUGUAAUAUAUUUCUGUGUGUGCAUGUGUGUAUACAAACUGUGUAUGUGUGUACAUAUAUAUGCGUAUGUAUAUAUGCACAAGUUUUUAUGUGCAGAAGCCCCAGGAUAAGGGAAAGGUAUUAUUUCCCUUGUUUUCUGCAAUGAUUGCAAGGCUCUUCUAAUGUUAAAACUCUUCAGAGAUGCAGGAGCUGGAAUGGCGCAGAACUGUGGUUUUGGGAGGUCAACCCAGCACAAGCUGUGGAGUCUCCAAACUUAAGUGUGCAACACUAGCUUUCCUAAUGCAAGAAAUGAUAAUAAGGAAAAUGUAAUAAUAAAAUCAAAGUAGUGAA